AUGCUUAUUUCACGAUAUGGUUUAGGUAUUAUCUGGUUAGUUGGCAACAUUGGGUCAGUUUUAACCUGCUUGGUUUUUCAUCAACCUACAUUUCGUAAGAGUUCAUGUGCCAUGUAUUUCAUCGCUUCAAGUUUUUCGCAAUUAUUAGCUUUCAAUUUUGCUUUACUUUAUCGAAUGCUACAAUACGGGUAUAAUGUUCAAACUAUCAACACUAGUCUCUUGUUUUGUAAGAUACGUUUCUAUCUAUUCUUUGUUAUGAUUGCCAAUUCUCGUUAUAAUAUCAUUAUGGCUUCAAUUGAUCGAUACUUCGCUAGUUCUCGAAAUGCUCUUCGACGUCAGUGGAGUUCACCAAAGAUUGCUCUACGUGUUAUUAUUGGUAAUGCAAUUCUCUGGAGUCUUAUAUAUAUCCAAGUAAUGAUUUUCUAUCAGAUUAUCAAUAAUAGUUGUCAACCUCAAUUAGGAGGGUACGGAAUAUUUUUUAGUAUCUAUAUUUCAAUUGAUAGUGGAAUUCUUCCUAUAUUCUUAAUGCUUCUUUUCGGUCUAUUAACCGUUAGAAAUGUUCAUCAAACCGGUAAACGUAUUGAACCGACCACAACGAAUCCUGAUGGUAAAUCUAUUCUAACUAGUAAAAUUUCAAAGAAAGAUGUUCAAUUACAAAAGAUGUUAGCAAAUCAAAUUAUUCUUUUCUUAUUUCUGAAUAUACCGAAUCCAUGUUAUCUUCUUUAUCGAUCAUUCACUAUAAAUAUUCAAAGAUCAUCACUUCGUCUUACAAUUGAAGCAUUCAUCAAUAAUAUGACAUAUGUUCCUCUUUAUCUUGGCUUCGCAUUGACAUUUGCUAAUUUUGCGGUAUCAUCAAAGAUGUUCCGACGAGAAUUUCUAUCUCUUAUGCAAACAAAGAUACUUCGUCGACCUCCACGAAAUACAGAAACCGAAGGAGCAACAACAAUGAGAAAUGUCUUGACAACCACUGCGUACGGUUAA